GUUUUCUUGUACACAGUCUAUGGGACAACCUUCAGCACUUUCCAAGAUGUGGCCUCUACAUGGCUUAACGUUGUGCUUUGGUCGAUGGGCUACAUCAAAGACUGGAAAGCAUACUAUGAGUUCCAGCCUGCGUUGUGGACUUUCAGCAUCUUUGUCGCACUCUGCAUCAUCCAGCUGACGCUCAACAUUCUGCCAGCCGUCAUUAUGCUUUCUCACAAGAAGGAAGCCGACCUCGUGGAAAACUACAGUUACCACACAUUCUGGGCUAGCGAGCGCAGCAAGAAUGUUGGCCAGAAAAGCCUAAAUCCAGCUCUGGUAGGCUGGGACUUCACGAACCCGAAAGAGCCCAAAGAGGUUUUUGACAAGUGA